AUGAUGAUUCGGAUACCGAUACUAAUAGUGACGACGAGUACGAUUGGACAUCAUCAUCCUCAAAGCGAAACUUACGAAUUCCAACCUCAAGACCACGAGCUGAUCACUGAGAUAGAAAGUUGGACUCAAUCGAGAUUGAAUGUGCAAAAUGCCGGAUUCCCUUCGGAAUUGACGGAUCUCUUACCAAAGAAGUACAAAUCGCUGUUGACUUCUGGUCUAGCAUCUUCGAAAGGGGAUAUACCUGUAUACAAGGUAUUCAAGGCAUGA